AAUGCUUCAUUAUAUAACUUUUGAAAAUGAAAAAUUUAACACUUAACAGAUACAAGAGCUAUAAGAAGAAAAAAAGUGAAAUGUGAUAUGAAGACAUGCUUGAGGAAUGCUUCUUUAUUAUCCUUUGCCAGUGACAAGAAAAUAUGUGGUAAGAUAUCCGAAAUUUCUGUCCACUGUGCACAUGCGCCAAAGUGAUUCGAAGUUUAGCUGACCAUCAUAAUCUUGACCACAGACUUCCAGAAUUUUCUGAAAACUUUUCUGAUCGAUGUUAUGCUGUGGCAAUCGGAGAUUAAAAAAGGAAACAAAACAAGCUUGCACUUCUACAAACACAGAGUAUUUGGGUACAGACGAUGCCUUAAAUCAUAAGGAUCUAAAGAAAAAGACGCAAAAGAGAGUGGAUAAUAAAACUUUCAUAAAGAAACUUUCUAUUUGGAAUCAAAUAUACACUGCUUCCUGGUAUUCCUUAAACUGUUCAGAGCCAGGAAUAAUUAAAAGAUAUAAAAUCACUACUCCUGAGAAACGCAGAUUAUUAAUAGAAGACUUUUCCGAAUGUGAUGAAAUUUCUUUAUUUGACAUCAAGGAGUCUAAAUGGCAUAAUUCAGUAUUAGAGAGAACCUUAAGUCCAUAUUUUUCACAAGCAUGUUUUAAGAGAACACCUCAUCCUUUAUCAAUGGUAGACAGGAUAUAUUAUCAUAAUCUUGAUGACAUAAUGCAAUUGUAUAAAAAACUAGAAAUGCCUAACUGUUUCGUCAAAGAUCAUGACCAAAGUACAGAUGGUAGUAAUAGUUUAGCAAGCCUUUACUUUCUAUUUCCAAAACCACAUUUAAUUUCAUGCAGCCAGAACUAUUUCUUGACACCAGAAAACAUCUACCAAAUUUCUUCUCUGCAUGAGAAUUUGCGGUUUUGUAAAACAAACGAACAAAUUAAUUACAAUUCCUCGAAAUGGCUUCAAGUUAUGUUGUGGUGGAUGUCUACCAACCGUAAAUUACAAACAUCUUUUGAUGAGCUUUAUAGAGAUUUAAAAAACGCACAAAAUACAAGUUCAAAUGAAGUAAUUUUGAAAAUGGCACAAUCGGCAGAAAAUUUAGAAAAGUUAUUAAUACGUUUAGGCUUAAAUCGAGGAUCAGCGCAACUUCUUGCUCUGGAACAAUAUAUACAGCCUUCUAGAUCACAGUUAUUUAGAUGUUCUUGGAAUUUAAAUCAAAGAAAUGAUUUACUAACUUACCAGACAUGUUUUGAUUAUAACGUGUCUCAAGAUAGUAUCUGGAUAGCAUUUCUAACAGGAUCCAGUUACUAUUGUUUACACCUUGUGUUUACCACCAUGGAAUUAUUUCUGUCAAAAAUAAGAGAAACAGAUGUAUUUGAUAACAUAGAUUUGAUUUUAAAAUCAUGUAUCGAUGAAUUCUAUUAUGAUGUAAUUCGAUCACUCCAAAAUAAAGCCAGUUACAGAGACUGCGUACCAAUAUUAGUUCAGAAGACUCGGGAGAAACUCAAGCCAUUUUUAACAAAAAUGCAGUACAUAAGACUGAACGAGCAAGCUGUGACUGAUGUCAGCUUAGCUUUUGCAUUAGUAACCGAAAUGCUACAUAAAGUAAUUAAAAUAAUUAUUAAAAAUCAUGAAGCAUAUAUAUCUUUCAAUGCUUCGAAUGAUGCCUAUUCUGUAGAUCUGACAUCGACAAUUACAUUUGACAUCAUUAAAAAUGGUAUUCUACUAGUUUACAAAUCUUUUGAGAAAGAUUUCGUCACCGAGAAUUUACUGCUCAGUAUUACCAAAGAAAAAACAAGAUUUUCAGUUACAAACUUGUUUUUAAUAAACUGUGCUCAAAUGGCAUGUAGCAUAAUUUCUGCAUAUAAAAUUAUGCAUGAGGAGAAAGGUGUACCCAAAAGUUUCAUUUAUUUACCUGAAGACUACCUUAAACAAGAUUUCUUGAUGCUUAUAAAUGAACUUAGGGAAGAAUCUGGACAUAUGAUAUUAGAAACUGUAAUAUCACAGGAAAGUGCAUCCAGGUUAAGAGUCUUCCAAGGUACUUUGUUGAAAGAACUCGAAAAGACGUUAGAAGAUGUUAACUUGUUAACGGAUGACUCGAAUGAACUUUUAAGCAAAGCGAGACAGCAGAGGUACUAUUUUUACAAUAAACGCUUUUGUUUCUAACAUAUUUGUAUAUUAUAACAUUGCCAAAUGAUAACUUUUAAUCA